CCAUACAUAUUUUAUGUGUGUGUUCUCACCAUGAAGCCUGUUGGUAUGAAUGAUUUUGGCUUCGGUAAAAAUGGCGAAGGGCUUGCGUGGUUCGACCACGAAAUGCCAUUGUCUAAGCUCCCAUUCUGGAGCACGUUUAUAGGUUGCAUACUAGGCGGUAUGAUUGGUAUUGCAUGUUCUCUAAUAGUGAAUUGUGCUCUCGUAGAAAUAUCAACAUCACCCUUCUUCACGCUGUAUUUUGCGUUUACCUUUCUGGUCAUUGGCUUCGUUAUACUAUGGCGUUUGAAUGUGGCUACUACUGAUGGAGAUAAUAGUCAUCGCCAAUAUCUGCGAUACUUCGGUCUAAUGAUCGUUGCGAGCGGAAUAGUUUGCUUUUUUCUAAGACAAAGUUGGUUCACUCGAUCGCCAUUCAUACUGAAGGUUUCGAUAUACACGCUGCUAGGGGUGUCAAUCUCUUUUGCCCUUACGUUUACCAUCGUUGAUUUGGUAAACUACUUCAUGUCUAUGUUCGAGACAUCUAUCGCUCGCCCUUUGGUCGAAACUAAAUCGCAGGUUUUUGUAAUAUUAGUGAUCACGUGCACCAUGGGUGGUAUAUUUGGCUUCAUGUUCGGGUUCAUGAACAUAGAGGACGAGGCUGAAUAUCAUAUCAGAUUGGCCCUUGUCAAGGAAGAAGCAUACACUUGGCCAAUAGGUGCCAUAUUAGGUACCAUGGCGGGGUUUUUCAACAACUAUCUGCGCCAACAAGAGUUCUGGCGCUUCAACCGUGAUAACGCAUAUAAUGUGGAAAUUUAACUU